UAAAUGAAGAACCACCCGAGCGUUCUUUGAUAGGAAUAAAAUAUUAAUACACGGAAACGGAUUUGCUUGUGUGCGCCGGCUCUCAUACAUGGAGUUACACGAUACCUAACUAUCGUUGUCGUCAGGCUGUAGAGUCCACCAUAAGGGGAUUCGAAGCCGAAAACGCGACAGAUUGACAGGACGGUGGGGUGUUUAUGUAUUUAACGAGCUAGCUGGCUAACUGGGUUUCAGGAGGAAGACAAAAACAUAGACGAAUUUGAGAAGACCCCUUUCCAGGCAGAAAGGGCUGUAUUUGCCCUUACUCUGACCAAACUGCCGAGAGGAUGGCGCACCUCCGCGACAUGCAGAAUCAGAAUGCCCGGCUCAACCCAGAGGAAUACUUUACCAAGCAGGAGCGUAUUGGAAAGGGCUCCUUUGGUGAGGUGUAUAAGGGCAUCAACAACCGCACCAAAGAGGUAGUGGCCAUCAAGAUCAUUGACCUGGAGGAGGCUGAGGAUGAGAUUGAAGACAUCCAGCAGGAGAUUACUGUUCUCAGCCAGUGUGACAGUCCCUACGUCACCAAGUACUAUGGCUCUUAUCUUAAGGGAACUAAGUUGUGGAUAAUCAUGGAGUAUUUAGGUGGAGGCUCAGCACUGGAUCUUCUGAGACCAGGGCCAUUGGAAGAGACCUACAUUGCUACCAUACUAAGGGAAAUUCUGAAGGGACUUGAGUACUUGCACUCUGAGAGAAAGAUCCACCGUGAUAUCAAAGCUGCCAAUGUACUGCUCUCUGAGCAGGGUGAUGUGAAACUGGCAGACUUUGGGGUGGCAGGGCAGCUAACGGACACACAGAUCAAGAGGAAUACCUUUGUGGGAACACCCUUCUGGAUGGCUCCAGAGGUUAUCAAACAGUCAGCGUAUGACUUUAAGGCAGACAUCUGGUCCUUGGGAAUCACAGCCAUUGAGCUGGCAAAGGGCGAGCCCCCGAACUCAGACCUGCAUCCCAUGCGUGUGCUGUUUCUCAUUCCCAAGAACACUCCCCCCACAUUGGAGGGCUCCUACAGUAAACCCUUCAAAGAGUUUGUAGAGGCCUGUCUCAAUAAGGACCCACGUUUUAGGCCAACUGCAAAGGAGCUGUUGAAGCAUAAAUUUAUCACACGCUACACCAAGAAAACCUCCUACCUGACAGAGCUCAUCGACCGGUAUCGGCGUUGGAAGUCAGAGGGCCACGGUGAUGAAUCCAGCUCGGACGACUCUGACAUGGACGGAGAGGGCGAUGACAGAGACCAGUGCCCCAUGUGGACUUUCCCCACAGUGAGACCCAGCUCCAUGAACAAACUCCAGAAGAGUUAUACAAAUACAGACUCCGAGGCGACUGAAGUGAAACGGCAGCCCAAGUCUCAGUGUCUCUCUGCACUGGUCACUCCUAUUUUCAGAGAGCUGAAGGAGAAGAGGAAGGCCAGUGGAGGUGGUAUGGGUGCCAUAGAGGAGCUGGAGAACGCCUUUAACCUGGCAGAGGAGUCCUGCCCGGGCAUUUCUGACCGCCUGGUAACACAUAUGAUGGAGAGAGUGUGCAGGUUCUCUCUGAACGGAAACAGCACCCCAUCAUCACGGUGAAGACCACCUGCUACUGCUGCUCGCCCCCCCCCCCCCAUUUCCCGACCAGCAGG